UUGAGCGAAAGUUAUUGAAGAGGGAGAAGAUACAUAGAACGAUCAGCAAGAAGCCCAAUAAAAAUACUAAAAUGAGACUAAAUGUUAGACUUAUCCGUAUUCGUGACAAGUUGGUUCUAUGUUUGAGCGCGCUCGCUAUCGUGUUCACGUUAUUGUUAGUGAUGGAUUUACAGAUGGACUUGGGCUACAGUGGCCAUCAUUUGAAUCCCAGCCAUGCUCGAGUCCGAAUCGGUGAUUCGCCGGAGACUGAUACCGUUUACAACAAUUUCCGUCGGAAAUUUCUUCAACGAGGUAACGGCAGUCGUGAGCAGGCUAAUAACGACGUAACACCCAUCAUUGAAAAAUCAAAGAAAAGCGGGGUAAUGUCAUUGUCAUCAAUAAAAAAGCACGAUGAUUUCUCGGAUUUGAUGGACUUGGUAGUGAACGGAUAUGCAGUAAACGUUGAUGAAGGAGUGGCAAUAAUUAGCAGAGAGAACAGGGAAUAUAAUCCGACGAUCGGAGAAUUGAGAAAGAUGACAUUGAAAAAGAAUAGCACAACUUUGGAAAAAUUCCAUUUUCAAAUUUCGAGGUUGCAGUUAUACUCCGAAGAUUCAAAGUAUGUGGACCAAUUACUUCAUGAGAUGGCGACCAAACCGAUUUUUCAUGUUGUUCAAAAAGACGGUGGUACACAAUUAAAACUAGUUAUUGAUUACGGCGACAACAUACAGGCAUUGUUUAAACCGAUGCGGUUCCCGCGAGAACAACAGACAUUGCCAAAUCAUUUCUACUUCACAGACUUCGAGAGGCAUACCGCUGAAAUCGCAUCUUUUCAUCUGGACAGGCUUUUAGGAUUUCGCAGGGCGAUGCCGGUAAAUGGUCGAACUCUUAAUGUUACAACGGAAAUUUACCAGAUUGCCGACAGUGAACUGCUUAAAACGUUCUUCGUGAGUCCGGCCGGCAACCUGUGCUUCCACGGCAAAUGUAGUUAUUAUUGCGAUACAGCACAUGCUGUUUGCGGCAAUCCCGAUACUUUGGAGGGUAGCUUCGCCGCCUUUUUACCAGAUAAAACUUUUGCGGCCAGAAAGGCUUGGCGGCAUCCUUGGCGUAGAAGUUAUCAUAAACGGAAGAAGGCCCAAUGGGAACAUGAUUCCGAUUACUGCACUCUGGUAAAAGAAAUUCCACCGUAUAAUGAAGGUCGACGAUUGCUUGAUCUUAUGGACAUGGCAGUCUUCGAUUUUUUAACAGGCAACAUGGAUCGCCAUCAUUAUGAGACAUUUAGAAUUUUUGGAAACGAUAGUUUUACAUUACAUCUGGACCAUGGAAGAGGUUUUGGAAAACCUUUCCAUGAUGAAAUGUCUAUUUUAGCACCUCUUUUACAAUGCUGUGUCAUCAGACAAAUUACUUUAAGUACUUUACUCCGGAGCUAAGAGGCAGCACUUGAACUGGUGUACAUGAUACGACUAUAGAAAUGACGACCAGCAAAUCAAAGAAAUCGACACAUGGCUAAGCGAAAAGAGGACAGUAAGGAGGAAAAUCGAAUGGAGACAGGCAAUAAAUUAAAAAAUUUGACAGCGACAUAGGAGAAAGCGAAGCGAAAUUUAGGUGAACGGUGGCGAGGAAAAGCUAAGGAAUCUUAGUAACGGUGGCGGGAGUAUCCGAAGAAUGCAGUUCGGAGUUAAGGAGCAAAAGAUUGGGGAAAUAAGGAGGAAUGUUAGUAGGAAGAAUAUGAAAACAAGACAACACAGGUGGAGAAUGAAUCGUUAACGAACAUCUAACCAACCAGAACUAUUGAAAGAAGAGGAUAGGUAGUCGUAUUUCCGGGCAUUGUAUGAGAAACGUAGGCAAGAGUUUUGGAUGCGUUGAAUACAGGUUAACAAUUUUUGAAUUAGUGAAGGAAUGUAAACCACGUCAGCGUAAUCAUACAAAGACACCAUAAGAAAUUGAGAGACUAGGAGCUUUUGAAAAAAAUUUAGGAUAUGAGGAAAGGAAUAUAGUAGGCGAAGACGCGAAAGAAAGCGACUUGGCAUUUACAGAGACGUAUGUACAGAAAGGAGAAAUCCAGGAAAAGUCAAAAUGGACUCCAAGAAUUUUAAUGGGGGCUGAACGAGAAAUUGUGAUCGAGUUCAGAGAGAUAUCAAAUGAAGAAGGAUGAUAUAACGAGGGAACAAAACUAGCAAUUAAGAGGCUAGAUUUGGAUGGAUUUAAAUGAAAAGAGUUAGCAGAGGCCCAUUCAGCGACAUAUUUUAUAUCGUGAUUAAAAGUAUCCGCAGCCGUUUAAAAGUCGAAUGGAUCGAAGGAAGAAAGAAAAACAUCAGCAGCGUAAAACAGAAGUUUAAAACAGAGGUAAUAGAAAUAGAGAGUAGAUCGACAAUGAAGAAUUGUGAAUAAUAGGAGAACAAAGAUCGAAGCCUGAGGGACUCUAGAAGGCGGGAUAAUGAGAAAGAAGGCUUCGGGGUAUACAGCAAAAUUCUUUGAGAACGCUUUACAAGGAAGGAACGAAGGAAGGAGAUAGCGGAGGGCGAGAAGCCAUAGUGGUAGAAUUUGAAUAAUAGAAACUCAUGGUUAAAGGUGUUGAACGCUUUAGAAAAAUCUGAAGCAACUACGAAAGUUAGAAGACCAGAGUCGGACCCACGGAGUACAGAGUUAGAUAUGUGCAGCAGCUCGGUGGUUGUACUGUACAUAUACCGGCAGCCGGAUUGGCAAUUCGAUAUACAAUUUGUAGAGUUAAAAAAUAAGUUCAGCUGCAUGUAACAUAUCCGCUCCAGGAGUUUCGAGAGGAAGGGAGUGAGUGAUAUGGGUCGAAAGGAAGAAGGAGAGGAGGGAUUACGAGUCUUAGGGAUAAGGAGGACUACAGCUUUCAACAUGUAGAGAACGUAUUGAAAACUAGAGCGUAAUUGAGUAUAUGAAGAAAUGAAUCGAUUGUGGGAGAUAGAGAAAAAGCAUGCGUCCAAAGAGAUCUUGCAGACCCGCGGAGGUGAGGUUGAUGUGCUUAAAGAUAUCAAAGAGUUCGGAAGCAGUAAUAGGAACAAAUGAAAAUAUAUCGGAAUUUUUUUUAGAGGUAAUAAAUAAAUAGAGUGAUGUUGGAAGGAAGAGAGGAUGAGAGAGUCAAUGAAAUGAUUAUUAAUUAGGAAGAAUCAAGGAGAUGAGAAGGGAUAAUAUUGGAGGAAGAGGACCUGACGCCAAGAAGAAAAAGGUUAUGCCAAAAUUGCCGCGGAAUUCCAGAGGAGAGGGAUGAUGUCAAGAAUGAUCUCUUUUCGCGACAAAUAGCGGAAGCGGUGCAAUUUCGAAGCUCGCGAUAACAUUGCCAAUCAGCCUCGAGUCGGAUCCGCCUGAUGGGAUGAUCCCGAUUGACCACGUCUCGAUUGGACACCACCAAUCACAGCGAC